UGUCACAUUUUGACAAGUCGGCAGUGAAUUCGUGGCCAAGGAAAAUAAUUGAUGAAACUUUUGUGAAAAACUCGAAAUAAAAGAAAAAAUUGCACUUUUGCUUUCAAUAAAUUUGUCUCAGACUUUACCUGUUACUAAGAAAGAUGGGGGUGGCAAUCAGCCGCUAUGGGGAGCUGUCCAACAAUGAGCUUUUGGAACGCUUUGUGUCCCCGGACAUCAUCAGCCCGAAUGACCCAUUCUGGAACCAGAUGUUGUCUUUCAACAUUACUCCACCUAGCAGUGUUGAGGAGCAGCUAAUCUUCGACUCCAGCACCGAGAACCUCCUCCAACAGUUCCUAGCCAACAACGGAGACACGGGCAACCUCGGCGCCCUAGUGCAAGUUUUCAUCACCCGUGCCACUGAACUGCUCGCCUCACCCACCAGCGAUAAUGUGAUGCUGGCAUGGCAGACAUUCAACGCUCUAUUCGUGAUCCGCGCCGUGGUGAAAUAUUUGGUGGAGAUGGUUCCCGAAUCUGAAGUUUGCCGCCAUCUUGAUAUUAUAGUGCAGGAUCGACGACCGCCUGUUACCGACCAAACAACAGACGAGGCACAGGCAUCACCCAAACAGCCGAUGCUGAACGCGGAGAGUCGGGUGGAAAUGCUAGUCGACGCGCUUAUAAGCCUAAUCAUUGACGUUCCUGUCACUGACAACACAUACUACCUUCAUUUGGAGUGUAUCAACACGCUUCUAGUGCUCAUGAGCGUGUACAUGUUCGCUGGAGUACACGGGCAAAGCCGCAUGAUCGAGACUAGUCUUAUUUAUAGAACGCUAUUCCAAGGCCGCUACGGCAUGCAGGCGCCCCUCCUAGUGAAGACCCUUCUAAAUCAUCUGUCGAGCAUGCUCGCCGCGCCGCCGCACAUGUUCGGCACGGGCGUACCGGGCGGCAGUAUCCUAGUAAAUUUGGCAUCUGGGUUCUGGAACAUGCUGACGCUCAGCAGCCCCGCAGCCCCCACCAUCUACACCAACCCCCCACAAGACAGGCACAGUCUGAUGCAAGAGCUGCAGAAGAGACAUCCCUUGGCUAACCAAGCUUGCCUGCUGCUGCUCGCGCUGGCGAACCACUGCGCCUCGCGGAACCUCUACCGACAGGCGCUGCUGUCUGCUGCGGACACCGCCAAUACGGCUACGACACCACAGAAGGAACCGGAAAAAGGUUCGGGGCCCGAGAUGACGCCGCCCCGAAUAGACAUGGCCGCGCUCCACAAAGCCCUAUGCGCCACCGCGGGCUGCGAGCAUUCUACACUACUCCUAUACCUGAUGUUGCAUUCCUGCAAAGCCUACAAACGGCACGUCAGCAACGUGGAACACAUAGAACACUUGAUAGUCCCCAUACUCCAAGUGCUAUACAACGCUCCAGACAGCAACUCGCACCACAUAUACAUGUCGCUGAUUGUAUUACUAAUAUUGACAGAAGACGAUGCUCUUAUAAAGAAUGUGCAUCUUAUCACAUUGAAAAACAUUCCCUGGUACACAGAGCGUCAGAUAUCAGAGGUCUCACUCGGCGGACUGAUGGUUCUAGUACUAGUCCGGGCUUUGCAGUACAAUAUGGCGCGCGUUCGCGAUAAAUACUUGCAUACCAACUGCCUUGCCGCCAUCGCUAAUAUGAGCUGUGAGUUCAGAAACCUCCACCCGUACGUCGCGCAGAGGUUGGUGUCGCUGUUCGAAACGCUCUCAAAACGGAGAGCGAGGCUAUGUAACGAAAUAGAAGGGGGCGAUAUUAAUAAUUUAGAAUUACCACAUCACGCAGAGGAGAAAACAGAAGAAAUAGUGGAACACAUCCAAGUUCUAGACGAAGUACUCCGGAUGCUGCUGGAAAUAAUGAACUCCUGCCUGACACACCAGCUGCAGCACAACCCCAACAUGGUGUACUGUCUCCUGCACAAGCGGCAGCUCUUCCAGAACAACCCACAUCACAUCACGCAGAACAUUGAAAUGGUGAUAGGGUACUUCUCAACGCGCCUGCAGCGGGUCCAAGACGGCGCCGGCGGCGACCUCAGCGUCACAGAGGUGCUGGCGUGCAUCAAGAAGGGCGCCGAGCAGUGGUCCAGCGAUAGGUUAAAGAAAUUCCCCGACCUAAAAUUCCGGUACGUGGAAGAGGAGCGGCCCGAGGAGUUCUUCACCCCGUACGUGUGGUCGCUGGUGACGGGCUGCGGGGGCGUGUACUGGAGCAGCGAGUGCGCGCGCGCCGCCUCCGCGCUGUGCUGAUGUCAACUUCAACUAUACCACGUUCUAAACUCAUCACUAAAAACAAGGUGCAAAGUUUCGGGAACCGGCUAUAUUUCCCACUUUAGUAUAUUUAACUAGUUACCCAUAAUCUAAAAUUUGACAAGACAAAUUCGAUUUUUAAUUAAUCAAAAUGUAAAUUAAAAAUAUAAUGGAUUGGGAGGCUUUUUAUUGGCUUCUGGACAUCUCGAGGUUACAUUUAAAUAUAUAUUUUUUAACAAAACCGGUUUGGUGAAAUUAACCGGUUACCGGUAUUUAAACACUGAACGCCGCGCCUAUUAAAUAUAACGCGCCAUCGUAAACCUUAUGAGAGUGGAUCAAGGUCUAUAAUACAUUGCAUACUGUAACCGUACGCGUUAAACUAUGAAAUGGAUGAAUCAACUUUCCAAUUGUAAAAAAAAACAAUAGCAAAUCCCGUGCAAUUUGAUAUGUUACUUGGAAACCGGUUCAUUUCUCCUUACCGGUUUUCGUGAUUCAGAGACUCAAAACCGGUGAGAUAUAUUUUAACAUUUGUUGAUUUAACUACAGGAUUUUUAUCUUAAUUACAACUCUUAAGUUAGCUGAACUAUAGACGAAUAAAACGUGUAAAGUAGAGCAAAAUAUUGUAAACACAACUUUGAAAAGUGAGAUAGGUGGGGUUGUACUGUCUCAUACGUUACGCGGGAACUGGAUUGCCGUUAAAAAAAUUGUAUAAUCUAAAUGAAUUUUAGGCAAAAAUUUCAUUUUUGAUUUGAUACAAGCUGUACUUGUCUUACCAUAGGUAACUAUAGUAGACGCAAACCAAACUGACGACCGAGGUCAUAUCACUAUCUCUCUCAUCCUACCUACAACCACGCGAGUGUGAAUGAGAAGUUUUACGACCCCAGUCGUCAAUUUGGUUUGCAUCUACUAUAAUAUUCAUAGACAGUUCUUAAACCCCCAAACACAAUUAGGUUGCGUUGUUUCCUCACAGAGUUCUUAUGGCCAGUGGCCACCUCCUGUCUCCAUCAUCAGAUCAGCUCAAUGGUACCAUAAUAUUUCAUUGUCACCCAACUUACAUAUGUCUGCAAAUUUUCAAAUCAAUCUGAAAUCGGGAUGUAGGUAAAAUUUAACUUCCAAGAUUUGGCCCACACUAACAUACAAACACGUCAAAAAAUAUCCAUACUGACAAAGUGCCAAAAAUAUGUAUUCACGACCUUAUUACCCAUAUAUAUUAAACUACGUAUACAUAUUUACUGGCACUUCGUCCAUAUCGAUAUUUUUAGACGUGACUGUGCAUACAUGGCAAGUUAAAUAAAAGCUUGUAAAAUAGAUAAAAGAUUGAAUUAAAUACAAUUUUCACUUUUGCUAUAUCGCUAGAAUUACGAAUGUAUGAACUUGUGAUGAUAAAUGUACACACACACACUUUUAACUGUAGAUCGGUGGACCUUAUUACAAAAGGCAUAAGGUCCACUGAUGGACUGGUCAGUUUAAAGAGUGUUGCUGAUUGUACUAAUUUGACCAUAGACUAGAUUUAAAAACUUAAGGUAUUUUUAAUAAUAUUUUAUAUUAGGUGAUAUUUUUAAGGCCGUCGGCUUUUAUAAGUAGUUUUUGCAUUUGACAAUGUUAGUGUUCUAAUAUUUUAAUUUAUUUUUUUAAGGAAAAAGUGGCGACACUUAAAAAUAACCUCCAAAAUUGCACUUUUGCUUUUUGACCAUUAGUGACCGCGGCCGGCAAAACGUCACAAGGACGAGAUUUGCUUGUAUCUUUAUACGAUAACCUGUCAAGGCCUCAUUAUAGCAAGCGACAAAGUGGACGUUUUGCCGGCCGCGGUCACAUUUUAUGUUUAUGCAUCAUCAUUUUUGUCACAAUUUAUUAUUAGAACUAUAAUAUAAUUAUAUUCAAAUAUGUCUUUUGUGACGCGUUGCAGGAGCAUUACGUGAAUGUCGCUUAAGUAACGCCAUUAUUUCAAUACUUCUGAAAAUACUGAGAAAACGAUAUAAUAUAAUACCGAUUUGACGACCGGUUUGGCCUAGUGGGUAGUGACCCUGCCUACGAAGCUGAUGGUCCCGGGUUCAAAUCCUGGUAAGGGCAUUUAUUCGUGUGAUAAGCAUGGAUAUUUGUUCCCGAGUCAUGGGUGUUUUCUAAGUAUUUAAGUAUUUAUAAAUAUUUAUAUAUUAUAUAUAUCGUUGUCUAAGUACCCUCAACACAAGCCUUAUUGAGCUUACUGUGGGACUUAGUCAAUUUGUGUAAUAAUGUCCUAUAAUAUUUAUUUAUUUAUUUAUUUAUAAUAACAAAAUAUUGGUAUAUUCUCGAGCUUUACGGAGUUGAUCGAGCUAGCUGCCAUAGAAGGCAAAAACGUUACGUAAGCGACAUUCCCCUAGAAUGUCCCUGCAUUGUUUAUGCCUUGGCUUUAUUAAAUUUACCGUUGGACGGAAUCGGCGCGUCAAGAUAAAGGAUUAUUAUUACACUUCCAGUCAGAAGGACUAAGAAAGGUAAUUUCCCAGUCUUAGCAGCAAUCGAAGAUCCAUUUUCAUUGUCUAAGAUGUGGAAUGUCUAAGACAAAUUCGUACCUUCAAUUUGGCAAGUGAUGUAGAUGGCGCUGUACGGCUCCGUACAUUAUGGUUGGGGAGGCCAAGAGGAGAUUUUUGGAGUUACUCGAGCGCGCCAGAUUAAGAUAUAAGUUAUAUCUUCCUACUCCUUAGAGUCUACCUUAUUCAUUUUUAGGCGUCUAUGUUGAGCUGUUGGUUGGUAGACGGUUCUACAAAUCAUCAAGCAGAUUGUGGAUUUGGUCAUUUUAGUCCGAAUUAAUGCUAUAAUAGAGCUAUGACUUAAUCGAACAGGUAUUUGUAUUAUGCAUUUUCUUAAUCUGACGGUUACAAUGUGAAGAUCGGGCGUCGAACUUGUGAUUGUCAGAUUAAGUUGUAAAGAUAAAGAUAAAGAUAUAUUUAUUUGCAUAAAUGUAGUGAUGAACAUAGGUGGACAGUAAUUUGAAAUAUAGCAUUAACUUGGACCAAAAUAACCAAAUCCACUUAACGAUUUAUUUAACCCUCCAAAAUUAAAAAAAAAACUAUAGACGCUUUCCUGCUCGCUGGAAAAAGAAAACUUUAUAUGACCUUUUUUUCUUCCUAUGAUCUAAUCUUUCGGUUCAAGUAGGUCUCUACGACGCUCCAGUUUAGCAUGCCGGCUCCCCAACUAUUAUGCGGUAACUCUGGUUAUUAAAAGUUGACGUUUGACAAUCUAGUUACCACAAAACAUGGCCACAGUACAGCGCCCUAUGGGUCAGCUGUCAAAUUAGGGGGCACGUCUUUAUUUUAGAAUUUACCCCUCUAUCAAAAACAAUAGCUUUUUGACAUCAAUAUAGCAGAAAGUGUCUGUCGAAAGGAUGUAUCUAAUUACCCCUAAAUGAAGAAUGGUAUGUGCAAUACCAAAGCGGAUAUUUUGACUCCUUGUUAAGGUAAAAAAAUGAAAAAUGUUAUAAGCUGUUUAUACGUAAUUAUGCCAUGAGUAUGGCAUGGUCAUGGCCAUAAAGGUGUAUACUUGUAUAGGUAGACUAUUUUACAUGUAUACACAUGGUGUGUGCAGUCUGCAAUAAUAUGUUACUCUUCGAAGGACACAAAAUAUCUGACACAAUUUUGUUUGUCAGGUGACUACCUACGGUGGCGCUGUGAGUCAAGCGCGAACAUAAUCGUAUCUAUCUCUGUCUAUAGCUGUUGCGAUAAUGAUUAGAGUGACAGAGAUAAAAGUAUUCGUGCCAGGUCUCCAUAAAUGGAAUGAAUUCAGAUCGGUUCACUCGUAGGCGCAUGGCAUACUGCAUCCGAUUCGCACUACGACGGUCCGAUGUUUGAGCGAGACAACGCUAUGCGCGUAUCAUAGCGACAUCCCGCUCGCAAUAAUACGCGCAUAGCUCGACGUGCGAAUCGAAUUCAGUGUGCCGUGCGAAUCGGAUUUAGUGUGCCAUGCGCCUUAUUACCUUGACGCUGUAAAAAAAUUUUUAAAGCUAACUCUUAGACUAUUUUGCCUCUUUUCUUUGUUUUAAAAAGUACAGGGUUAACUGUAUUAAUAGGUUAUUAAAUCUAUCCGAUCACCCAAAACUUCCUGCCAGUGGCGUAGCGUGAACUAAUCUAGCCGUGAACGAAAAUAAACAGCUGUGAGGCCCUUUUCAAUGUGUAAUACCAAGGUAAUCAAAAGCUUUGCCCUCCCCCCCCCCCCCCCCCCCCUUGUGCGAGGCCGUGGGCGAGGGCCCCAGUCGCUACGCCACUGCUUCCAGCUGAGAGGGAUAGAGGUAUACGUUAGUUAUUUCCCUGUCACUCGUGGCAGGAAGAUGGCAGAAACUCCUAUAGGAUAAAUAAAUUAUUUGAUUAAUAAUUACAUAUUUUAAUAUAGUUUUAAUGGAAACGCAAUAUUGUAUUAUUAUUGUAAUAAAUAGUUAAAUAAAAUGAUAUUUGGAUAA